AUGCGCACUUAUUUUUCUCGGGGCAGAAAAGACAAUUUUAAAAGACAAAAGAAGAGAGAAUUAGUACGUACUGCUAUUGAGAGGGAAAGAGAAAGUAUUGUUCCGCUGCUAAAUAUGAAUUCAUCAAACUUGAGACAAAGUGAGGGACAUGAUGAGACGAAGAAUAUAGAGGUUGAAGGCUCUGUAUCUCCAGGCAAUUCAAACGAUGGUCGCAUUUCUCCAGCCUCAAAGAUAUCGAGUGACACCGAAGCAUUGACCAGCGAUUCCGUUUCUGAUGGCUUGUCAAUUCAGGAUAAGAAGAUCUUGUUGGUUGCGGCAGAGAUUGAUGAGAUGGGGAUGGGAAGGUAUCAAUGGUAUAUAUGGGGGUUGUGUGGUUUGGGAUACUUCUUGGAUCUACUGUGGGCGCAUGCAUUCGGUUUGAUUGCGCCAGUUCUGCAAAGAGAGAUGGGAAUUGACGAUACGCAAUUGGGUCGUUUAUUCACAGUCGUCAAUGCUGGUUUGACAGUUGGAGCUCUAGUAUGGGGAGUUCUGGUCGAUAUGAUCGUCUUCACUUUUCAGGAGUCGCCUAAAUAUCUCCUUAGCAAGGGCAGGGACGAAGAGGCUUUGAAGGUGUUGCAGAAAAUUGCAAAAACAAACAAGAAACCUUUAAAGCUUACCAUUGAGGAUUUCAGGGCCUUAGAUAAUACCGAGGCUCCUCUAUCUCCCACCUCGACAACUUCUGGUGACGAUCGUCUUCGAGGAACGGUUAUUCCCAAGGGUUUGAGUUUACGUCAAAAGACCAAGAGGGAGAUCAAGAGAGUUGGGAUAUUAUUCAAAUCAAAGCAAACUGCGCGAGUUACCAUUUUAGUGUGGUUAAUAUACGCAUUUGACUACUGGGGGUUUUCGGUCGCAGAAGGCGCAUUUCUUCCCACAAUUUUGGCUCGAAAAGGGUUGGAACACAAAGUCGGAUACGCUGAAACUUACCGCAACUUUGUUAUCAUAUAUAUGCCGGGUAUUGUAGGCGUAAGUUUAGGGGCUCUCAUGGUAAAAGUACCUCGAGUAGGAAGACGGCUUUCCAUGAUCUUCUCAUCUGCAUUAAUGGCCACAUCAUUCUUUCUCUUUGCGGCAGUCCACACUCAAUCAGCCAACGUGGGACUUAGCGUCAUGGAAUAUUUCUUUCAAUCCAUGUUCAAUUCGGUAUUGUACGGUUGGACACCGGAAGCUUUCCCAGCGUCGGUAAGAGGAACAGCUAGUGGAAUGGCGAGUUUUUGGGGAAGAUUAUUCUCUAUUUUUAGUCCUUUAAUAGCAGCGAAAUUACUGGCGACGAACCUCAAUGGCCCCUUAUUUCUAGCUGGAGCGGGGACUUUUGUUGCGUGUUUAGGCGUUGCACUAUUGCCAGAUAAUGUGAUGAUGGGAAAUGAAAUUUAG